AUGGCAACGCACACUAGAAUUCGCAAGUCAAGAGGCGCGUACCGCGGACAAAUCUCGAAGUCCAUCACGAAAGCCGAAACGAUCACCAGUAUAGAAUUAACAGAAGACCAUCUAGAUCAACUCACAGCAGUCGAACAACAUAUAACUAAGGCAUUCGAGCAAGUUAAGAAGUUAGAUGCUGAGCUGCUUGAAAUUACUAAGGACGACGACGUAGCAGAGGUAAUCGUAGAGGCUGACGACCAUAACGCUGAAGUUGAGGAAUACCUCCUGAAACUCAAAAGACAUAUUGAGAGACAAACACACAAAAAAAAGCCAACGCCCACUCCCGCAGUUGUACCACCGAAGGCGAAGACCGUCCGACUUCCUAAACUAAGCCUAGCGUCAUUCGAUGGGGAUUUACUCAAGUGGCAGAGCUUUUAUGACAGUUUCGCAGCAUCGGUGCAUAGUGACCCAGACUUAGACGGUUUCCAUAAAUUCCAGUACCUAAAGGCUCAGCUUACAGGAGAAGCAACUCGUGUUAUUCAAGGACUAGCAUUAACUAAUGCAAACUAUGCACACGCCCUGGAACUAUUACGAAACCGUUACGGACAACCGCAUAAACUUUCUAGUGCAUACAUGAAAGCUUUAUGGGACCUCCCUAAGCCAAGUGGUGAAUUCACUGGAUUACGUCACUUCUAUGACACUCUUGAAAUUCUUAUUCGUGGAUUAGAUACCCUGGGAAAGUCAGAGAAUACCUACGGUGACCUGUUAGUACCUAUCGUCCUUGAGAAGCUUCCAGGAUCUAUUCGACAACAAUUGGCAAGAACCCACGGUAGUAGUGAUUGGAAGUUGAAAGACUUACGAAAGAAUCUUUUGAAAGAAAUCGAAGCUAUUGAAGAAGGAAAUGUGACCAGUUACACAACUCCCAGUGCUAUCUCGUCUUCAACUGCAGCUUUCCAUACGGAUACUAAACCGUUUCAUAAUACAUGCGCAUUCUGUAAGGACGCUUCACAUAAUUCGGUCAACCAAUACGGGAUCCGAAACAUUAGUGACGCAAUCAACUACGUGUACGGAUAA